CUGUUACGGGGGCCGUAUACGCUCCAAGACGUGUUUCCCCAGUGUGUGUCUGUGUGUGUUGGCUCAGAGGAAUGCCUCCGAAUUCGCGUCUUCCCCGCGCCGUAGGCCAUCAAAAUGACCCAUGUGUCCGCGCCGCACCGCGUCAAAGUUAACGCAAACCCAUGACGCAGGUGCGUGCCCGAACCGCCGGACUUACGCGCACCUGAAAACAUGAAUUGGCCCCGACAGCACGGAUACGUCCUAGCACUGUGCCUACUACUCGCCGACUGCAUCUGUACUGCCGACCGCGCGCUAGAGCGCCAACAGUCCUCGGCCAGUUUGUACAAAAGUGACAGAGAUGCCUCUUCGGACUCCGGUCAAGGCGCACAGUCGGCGGGGGAGAAAGGGGGCAGCGCUACAUGCGAAAAGGUCAACGCCUGUGACGACCUGCUUGGCUACGAGGCGAUCCAAGCUCUACAUCAGCAGCUGGACGAUGACGACAACGGAAGCGUGGACGUCGCCGAAACGGACGAGUUCCUGAGGGACGAACUGCAGUACGAGAAUGGCUACGAGCGUCAAAAAAAGUUCCAUGGCAAUGACAAGUACAUUUCACUCGAGGAGCUUUGGCAGUCCUGGCAAGUGUCUGAAGUGCACAACUGGACAAUGGAGGAGACCAUAGAGUGGCUUGUGAGCUGCGUAGAGCUGCCACAGUACGUGAAGGCAUUUGAAGAGAAUGGCGUGGAUGGAUCAACCCUCCCGCGGAUGGCAAUAGCCAACAACAACUUCCUGAGCAGCGUCCUUGGCAUCAAGGAUGUCAUCCACAAGCAGAAGCUCACCCUCAAGGCCAUGGACGUGGUGCUAUUCGGGCCUCCGAAACACCACAACUAUGUGAAGGAUGUGCUGCUGGUGAUGUCCCUGGUGAUUGCCAUUGGAGGCUGCUGGUUUGCCUACAUCCAGCACAACUACUCGCAGUCCCACCUGAAGAAGAUGAUGAAGGACAUGGACAGCCUGCAGAAGGCGGAGGAGGCUCUCACCGACUUGCAGAGAGAGUUGGACAAAGCCAAGAUGGAACAGGAGACUGCGGUGAUCCUCAAGCAGAGGCUCGAAGAUGAAAUCCUUGCUGCAAAGCAAGAGAGGGAGCUCUGGUCCUCCGACCCGGAGCAGACGAGCACGCUGGUGGAGCGUCUGCAGGACGAGGUGCAGAAGCUGCGGGAGCAGCUGGCGGCAGCCCAGGCGGCCCUCUCCUCGGCCGUGCGGGGCGCCGGAGGCCACGGCUGGGCGCCCCCGCCGGCCCUGCAGCACUGGCUCCAGCUCACCUACGAGCUGGAGCUGCGACACUACAACUCCAAGAAGGCCGCCGCCGAGAAGCAGCUCUUUGCCGCCAAGGAAGGGUGUGAGAAGCUGCGCAAGAAGCGAUCCAGCUUUAUGGGGUCAUUCCGCAUUGCGCACGGGAGCUCCAUCGACGACAUCGACAACCGUAUUCUUCAAGCCAAGGCUGCCCUGUCGGAGGUGACCAAGGACCUUCAGGAGCGCCUGCAGCGGUGGAAGCAGAUCGAGCGCCUCUGCGCCUUCUCCAUUGUGAACAACCAGGGCCUGGGCCACCUGGAGACCGUGCUGCGGGGCUCCUUCCUCAACGGCAGCACGGCCACGCUGCAGCACUCCCACUCCGUCGGCAAGAAAAUGAGCCGCUCUGGAAGCGAAGGCACCCUCGCCGAGGAGGAUCCCCACGGGCAGUACGCGGCCAGCGUUGGUGCUGGGUCCGUGACCAGCAUGGCCUCCCUGCUGAGCUUCCGCUGUCCGGAGCGUCCCAGCACGCUUCCGGUGGGUGCCGCGGCCAAGUCCAACGGAAGCUCGUCCCAGAAGCUGUCCCUCCUGGACGAGACGGAGGACGACGAAGACUCGGAGUUCGCCGACACCUGCGCCACCCAGGCGUCGCACAGCGCGGCCACCACGCCGGGAAUCGUGGCGUUCUCGGUCGGCGACGGAAGCCCACCCGAGCUGGCUCCGCUGACAUCGCUGACGAGGCCGAGGAGCGCGCAGUGGCUGAACAAGGCGCAGAGCCAGGACGGGUUGGUCGACCGCAAAAUCUCGACGUGCUCCGAACCCGCCGUUCCUUCCGAGUUGUCGGCGCAUUCCAGCAACGCCGCCAGCCCUGCGACGGAUCACGCGCCGACUCUCUUGACGGCGGAGGCGAUCGUGCUUCCGCGGCCCCCGCUCACGUCGUCCGCUUCGAUGGAGCGCCGCAAAAAGGCCGGAAACAUCCUCGUGGCCGCACUGAAGGGCGGCUUUUCGGGAAGCGCCGGCGGCGGGCUCGACGAAGAGAACUCGACGGACUCUAACUCCACGGCAGACGACGACAGCCUCCGCGAGAAGAAGAAGAAGGCUUCCAUCUUCCAGCCUCUCAAGAAAAAGAAGUCGAAGGCCAUGUGACUCCUUUUCGUUUUCCCCUUCUCUCUUUCCCUUUACUACCAUCUCUCUCUCUCUCUCUCUCUAUCCGUCUCCGAGCGUUGCGACAAGGGCACCAAGUGUUCCUUGCGUCAGACUGCGAGAACUCUCUCGGUGACGGCCACGGCGACAGUACCCGGUUCCUCGGAGACCUUCGUUCCCCCGGUUUUGUUUUCGAAACGUGCCGGGGUUGUUGGCAGAACUUUGUUGUUUUUUUCUGUUUGUAUGCGUGCCCCUGGAUUACCUUUCCACGUCUCCACACCCAAGUUUCUUUUGUGUUUUUUUUUUUUUUUUUUGACACCGUAUACAGGUCUGCAGUGAUGGACACUAGAUGUCGGGAGCGCUCGAUGGAAGCUUGGAAGGUUCUUUUUUUUUUUUUUCCUCUAGGCUUCCUUUUACGCAUUUUGUACAAUUGCUUUAUUGGGCCGGGAACGACGGGCAGAGGUGCACGAUCAAGGAGAGAGAGCGAUAUUUUUGUAAGUUAUACUUUGAGCACUGUGCGAGAUCCUCCUAACCGAUCUUUGUUGGCAACAAUGCUUCAAUGUCUGUACAUUUUUCUUUUCUUUUUGUGUGGGUUAUUUUUGCGAAGCACUUCUCGUGUUUGUAGCUUCCCGGCUAGUGGGAGUCCCGCAAUUUACAAAACAGUUGGAUCGUCUUUCCUGCAGAUAAAGCCGUAUACUUUGUUUAGCUUCGCUGGGAGGAGGGGGGAGGGGGGGGGCAACCGGUAAUAAACAGGCCCGCCGACUAGUAGCAUUUCGUUGCAUUUUGGCUUGUCGAAAAAGCGUUGUCCGUCUCCGUGCAAGUUUCGUCACGUGUUGUCUGGUACCAGCAUCUUUUUUUUUUUUUUUGUUACCUUUACAUGUUUUUUACGUCUUGUGCCCAGUUUUGCGAAGGACUUACCCUAUGCCAACCUGCUUGAGAACAAUGCUUGCGAACUAGAACGGAAGAGCAAAUCGAUUCGGCGCGGCGGCGUAGGCCCGCGCAAAUGCGUCGCUUGAAAGAAAGAAAAAAAAAUGCAAAUCUGUGAUACCGGUAAGGAAUCUCGCAUGGGCGUCUCUCCACCGCCGCGCAGGCAAUAAGAGUUGCACAGAACGUAGUUCGGAAUAGCGUUUUUUUUUUCUUCGCGUGCGUCAAAUGGCACGAAUCGGUGAGUUUUCGUGUCUCCUUCGACGCGACAAACUUUCUUCAGAGUCUUCCCAUUUGUUCGUGUUACUACGUUUUAGGUGUGGCAUUAUUGGUAUCGUGGCAACGUAUUUUUUCUUUCUGAUCCUUUUUUUGGAAUGAGUUGAAAGUAUUCCUGAAGUCUGAUCCUGUCCGCGUUACGUAGUGUGUUCCGACCUUUGGAAGGGACUGGGUAGGAGAGGAGAAAAACCGCUAUGGUGGCACCUGAUUUUAAAAACAACAUUAAGUUCUUUACACAGUUUGAAUGUUAGCAUGUUGAGUAAUAAUAGUACUCUUGCUCCGACGGGAUGUGCUACAGAGAUAUAAAAUAAAAGCCUUCAUUUUGUGGA